CCCCAGCUCUCUCAACUUUCCAUUUAUCGAUAAUACUUUAGUUCCCAUCGAUUAUUCCAGCCCUGCCUCAACAUUAACGUUACACAGGCUAAGUAGGUAACGCUACACUUUUAACUCGACCAUCCUAAUUUGGCCUGCCUUUCGUGUAGUUAACGUUAUGUAUCCAGGGACGUGCUUUUGUAUUGAGCCGGUGUUGUGUCAGGUUACUGGGAAAAGCAAAAUGUGUUAACGCCACAGACUGCACCGUAAAAUGCCUUUAAAAAGACGAGUGUCCAUUACUAGCGACUCGUUCAGUCAACUGUAAGCAGCACAGCGAGCACAAGCCUGUCGUGACAGCACUGAUGCUAACUAUCUAGCAAGCUGUGGUACUGGCCGUGUGUCUGUUGGUGGCUGGGGUUCAGCCCAUGGAGGACCCAUCAUAUGGGGUGAAGCUCUGUGGCCGUGAGUUCAUCCGGGCAGUCAUCUUCACUUGUGGAGGCUCACGAUGGAAACGGUCGCUCAGGAGUACAGCAGAUGUUUCAGAGGAGGACCCGUUCAGCUCCCAUCAGGAGGAGUCCUCAGAGGGCUUGAGUCACAAUUCUGUCAUGGAGAGUCUCCUUAAGAGGAAUAGACACCCGGAAUUCUUAUCGAACAACAACAAAGAGGAAGUUUUCAGCAGGAUGGCCCGUUCUUUCAUUACCGAGGAAAUCCUGGAAGCCCUGCGGAAGGCUGAUCGAAAGGGUCGAGAUGUGGUGGUGGGUCUGUCCAAUGCCUGCUGCAAGUGGGGCUGCAGCAAGAGCGAAAUAAGCUCUCUUUGCUGAGUCGACCUUUGCCACCCGUGUGCAUACAUACAGUAGGCAGACAUAUAUUGAAUAAUUACACAAACCUUUUUUCCACUUCUCAUGAGUCUUAGAUUUUAUAUCCAGUAUCUUUCAGUUAAACCAUUGUAUGAGCUGUUUGAAAUGUUGUUUUAUUAUUUUUAAACAUCUAUGAAAUGUACAGAAAGGGCUGCCAUGUGUUCAAAAUGUUAUGUUUUUGUCUAAAAAAAUGAAUUCACGGCUUUGUUAUUAACAGCCUUAAGUAACGCUUUGUUAAGAUCAUUUGGCAACAGCUGCAUUACAAGUUGCUAAUGAAACACCUGU